AUGGUGCGACAAACGCAAGCCAACGCGCCGAUGUCGGCGGCUCUUGCAACCAUAAAUCUUGGGGCAGAGGACGUGCACAGCCCUUCAUUAUACCAAGACAUGAUUGCCCUCGAGCGCUCGCCAACAAAACGACCUCUAAUUCCGAAGUCUAAAAUGGGUAAGAAACCUCUGUUGUCGGUUGUGGGAACGCUCGCUCGUGCCCCAGGCAAGUUGCUCCUCAACCCUUCGAUUGCCGAACGCCCAAGGCACUGUCUAACCACCGGUUCCCCGACUAUGGCUGGAAGUUCCAUGUUUGAGGAAUGUGUAGUGCGUGUCUGGGUUCAUUUCUGCUUAUAUGACUAA